AAUUUUGAAGUUUCCAUAACUCGCUCACUCACACUCGGCCCAUCCUACCGAUUCCGUCACUCUUUCUUCUCCAGAUCUUCCCUCUGAAUUCGCUCAGACACAGGGAAGAGAGAUGAUCUCUGAAUCUUGACAUUCAUUUCUUGGAUCCAUAACUUCUCUUCAAAAUCCAAAACAAAAAAAUUAAGACAACAAUUUCAUCACAAUAAUGUCUUGUCUAGCCCUCUCUCUUCAACCCGCCAACGGAUCCGACAUCUUACUCCAAACCCGAGAAUGGUUCCCACCUGCUCGUGCCUUAGUCGCCACCUCAUCAUUCCGUAAAACCCGCUUAUCAUUCUCCGCAACUAAAUUAAACCCUAACCCUAACCAUCUCUACACCGACGACGCCUCCUCCGCCGCUGCGGAGUCAAUCGGCGACGAUCCUCUCACCGCCUCCAGCGGACAGCUGAUUGUAGGCGUGGAGAGCCGUUACCGAGUCGUUUACAGGUUAGUGAACGGAAUUUAUGUGUUGGGUGUUACAACUGCUGAUCAGGAUAAUUCAAUUAAUGUGUUUGAGUGUAUUCAUAUUGUUAAUCAAGCUGUUAGUGUAAUUGUAACUGCGUGUCGUGGCGUUGAUGUUACGCCUGAGAAGUUGAAUCGGAAAUACGCCGAGAUUUAUAUGGCGUUGGAUAUUGUUCUGCGCGGUGUUAGUAAUAUUCGGCUUGCUGCUAUGCUUGGUUCGAUGCACGGCGAUGGUAUUGCGAAGAUGGUGCAUUCUGCUUUAGAUACGGAAAAUAAGAUUCGUGGUGCCGAUAGUUGGAUUGCUCAGGAAAUUCAUGCUGUUGAGCAUCAGGCUAGUAUUGAGGCGUUUUCGAAUGCUAGAUUUGAGUUGCCUGCUGAGACUAUUGCUGCUGGUGAUGAGGUGGCCGCGAGUAUUGCUCCUGUUUUGACUGAGCAGCUUGACUCUAAGCAAGAGAAACAGGAGGAGAAUGAAGCUUCCCAGGAUCCGUUUGCGGCUAGUGAGAUGAUUAAUAAGGAGGAGGAUUUGGCUGGUGAGUUUAAAAAGGAUAAGAAUCAAGCGGCUGAUCUGCAGUUGGCAUUAGCUGGAUUGGAAGUUACUACAUUGCCUCCUGCGGAAGCGACACAAGCUACACAUAUUAGCGUGGAGGGAUUCGAAGGGGAUUAUGGUGGUAUUGAGUUUAGUAGUGAGCAGGCUUCAUUAGGCGAAACUUUUGAAGGGUUUGGUGAUGCCUGGGGUGGUGGUUUGGAUGCAUCAGAGUUUGUGGGACCUAAGAAAAUUCCGAAGCAGCAAGGUCUCGGUGGACUUGAAUUGUUGCAAACUGGAAGUGAUCCAGCUGUUGCAGCUAAGGUUGCUGCAAGUGGAGCAGCAGGUGGUACUCCUCUUGAGAAUCUGCUUGUUCAGAAAACUGAAAUGAAAGGUCCGGAGAUGUAUAUUGUCGAAGAAAUUAGUGCAGAAUUUAGGGAAUCAUUGCUUGCUAGAGUUGGGUUGAUGGGUGUGGUUUACUUGAGAACAUUGCCUACAAAAACUGCUGGGGAUAAAGAAACUGAGUUUUCAUUUCGGGUUGAUAAUACAAGUUCGGUUAAGAGAUUUGUUAUGCAGAGUUCAAGGAUUAGUAGCCUUGGUAAUGGGAUGUUUCAUGUAAGAACUGCUCCAUCAGAUGAGCCAUUACCAAUAUUGAAAUAUAGUCUUUUACCUAGGCUUACUCCAUUGCCUUUGAGAGUUCGUUUAAUACAACGUCAUAGUGGGACUUUGCUUUCUGUAAUGAUUCAGUAUGUUUCAAAUCCAGAUCUGUUAGCGCCAUUGUCUGAUGUAACAUUUAUCUUGAAAUUACCAGUUGAUCCGACAUUGUUGAAAGUUUCGCCUAAAGCUGUCUUGAAUAGGACUGAAAAAGAAUUGAAAUGGCAUGUCCCGGAGAUUCCACUUAAGGGUUCUCCUGGUCGGCUAAGAGCAAGGAUGCCUGUGGACACUAGUGAGGGAGAGAGUGAUGAAGGAAUUGAGGUUGUUGGCUACGUUAAAUUUUCCAUGCAAGGACUUACUUCUUUAUCUGGAAUUUGUCUACGGCCUGCUUCUGAGGGUAAGACAGACUUUUACGAGGUCGGUCACAGGUACGAGAGUGGGGUUUAUACGUGCAAUUGAAAAACACAAUUACAUGGCUGCUUGCUGCAGAUUGUUGUGCUUUUGUUUCCAUUACUUGUAUUCAAUGAGGUUUUCUAUUUUUGUGUGCCUGUAGCAUUCUUUGAUAUAUGAAUUUGUGACUUAGAUAAAGAUUUAUGUGAAAACUUUCUGCGCAUAUGUUAUUAGCUAGUGAAUUUUGUUUCAUUUA